GGAGCGCUGGCUGCUGGUGCGCUAGGGAGCGAUUGCGCCUGCAAGGGUGGGGGAAGCAUCCAGAAGAUGGUGACUGCGGGAAUACCUCUGCCGAUGCCUGUCUUUGCUGUUCAAAGAGCAGUUUUCUUUUCCCCGCCGGUGUCAGAGCCCAGAAACCGGAGGAGCUUCUGUUAGCUUUUUGGGAAGAAGGCUUCUCCUCAGAAAUCCAGUCCGCAGUGCUUGUGCUCACGAUCUUGGGAGGCAUUUCAUUUAGCGCAGUAUUCGCUAGUAACACUGUACACCUUGUAUCCUAAAGAGAAAAGGAGCUCACCAUGGGACAACAUUCAAGAUACCUCUCUGAAAAGGAUCUUUUCUUCGGGUGAUAUGCAUUUACUCUGACUGUCUUUAUAUCUAAAGGAUUAUUUUCCUUUUUCCAUUUGGAAAUACUUCAAGUAGAAACUUUGUUCCUUUUUGGAAACGGUCUCCUCACAUUAAGGAUUGAAUACAUAAUGGGCGAUAUGGCUAACAACUCAGUUGCAUAUAGUGGUGUAAAAAAUGCUGUAAAAGAGGCUAAUCAUGGAGAUUUUGGAAUCACACUUGCUGAGCUUCGUGAUCUUAUGGAACUGCGAGCUACAGAUGCAUUGCAUAAAAUCCAAGAAUGUUAUGGAGAUGUUUAUGGUAUAUGUACAAGAUUGAAAACUUCCCCAAAUGAAGGUUUAAGUGGAAAUCCAGCAGAUAUUGAGAGGAGAGAAACAGUGUUUGGGAAGAACUUUAUACCUCCUAAAAAGCCAAAAACAUUUCUUCAGUUAGUAUGGGAAGCACUACAGGAUGUUACACUAAUUAUACUAGAAAUUGCAGCCAUAGUAUCAUUGGGCCUUUCUUUUUACCAACCUCCAGGAGGGAAUGAAGCAUUAUGUGGAGUAGUGAAUGUUGGUGAAGAAGAGGAAGAAGGUGAAACAGGUUGGAUUGAAGGAGCUGCAAUCCUUCUAUCAGUAGUUUGCGUAGUUCUAGUAACAGCUUUCAAUGACUGGAGUAAAGAAAAACAAUUUAGGGGGUUGCAAAGCCGCAUUGAACAAGAACAGAAGUUCACUGUCAUCAGGGGUGGCCAAGUCAUCCAAAUACCAGUAGCCGACAUAAUUGUUGGGGAUAUUGCACAAGUAAAAUACGGUGAUCUUCUGCCAGCUGAUGGGGUACUUAUUCAAGGAAAUGACCUUAAAAUUGAUGAAAGCUCACUAACUGGAGAAUCUGAUCAUGUUAAAAAGUCUUUGGAUAAAGAUCCUAUGCUGCUGUCAGGUACCCAUGUGAUGGAAGGCUCUGGAAGAAUGGUAGUUACUGCUGUAGGCGUGAACUCUCAAACUGGAAUCAUCUUUACCUUACUUGGGGCUGGAGGAGAGGAAGAAGAGAAAGAAAAGGAAAAAGAGAAAAAGGACAAGAAAAGUAAAAAACAAGACGGAGCUUUAGAGAACCGUAACAAAGCAAAAGCUCAAGAUGGUGCAGCCAUGGAAAUGCAACCUUUGAAGAGUGAAGAUGGUGGAGAUGGAGAUGAGAAAGACAAGAAGAGAGCUAAUUUGCCAAAAAAAGAAAAAUCAGUUCUACAAGGCAAACUUACUAAGCUGGCAGUUCAGAUUGGCAAAGCAGGUUUGUUGAUGUCUGCAAUCACGGUCAUUAUCCUUGUAUUGUAUUUUGUAAUUGAUACCUUCUGCAUUAAGAAGCAACCUUGGCUUGCUGAAUGCACACCAAUUUAUAUUCAGUACUUUGUAAAGUUCUUCAUUAUUGGAGUUACAGUCCUGGUGGUGGCAGUACCAGAAGGUCUUCCACUUGCAGUCACAAUAUCCCUGGCUUACUCUGUAAAGAAAAUGAUGAAAGAUAAUAAUUUAGUGAGGCAUUUGGAUGCUUGUGAAACGAUGGGUAAUGCAACAGCUAUUUGCUCAGAUAAAACUGGAACAUUGACCAUGAACAGAAUGACAGUAGUCCAGGCUUACAUCAAUGAAAAACAUUAUAAAAAAAUUCCAGAACCAGAAGCUAUUCCUGAAAACUCCAUGGCUUAUCUUGUAACAGGAAUUUCUGUUAAUUGUGCUUAUACUUCCAAAAUACUUACCCCUGAGAAAGAAGGUGGCCUACCACGUCAUGUUGGUAAUAAAACUGAAUGUGCCUUGUUGGGAUGGCUUUUGGAUUUAAAACGGGAUUAUCAGGAUGUAAGAAAUGAGAUACCGGAAGAGGCGCUAUACAAAGUAUACACCUUCAACUCUGUUAGAAAAUCAAUGAGUACCGUAUUAAAAAACUCUGAUGGCAGCUUCCGGAUAUUCAGCAAGGGUGCCUCUGAGAUAGUACUUAAAAAGUGCUUCAAAAUAUUGAGUGCGAAUGGUGAACCAAAGGUAUUCAGACCUAGAGAUCGUGAUGACAUUGUAAAAACUGUAAUUGAACCUAUGGCCUCUGAGGGGCUCAGGACCAUUUGUCUAGCAUUCAGGGAUUUCCCAGCUGGGGAACCAGAGCCAGAAUGGGACAAUGAAAAUGAUAUUGUUACUGGUCUUACGUGCAUUGCUGUUGUAGGAAUUGAAGAUCCUGUGAGGCCUGAGGUACCCGAUGCAAUAAAAAAAUGUCAGCGUGCUGGUAUAACUGUUCGUAUGGUCACUGGUGAUAACAUUAACACUGCUCGUGCUAUUGCAUUAAAAUGUGGCAUUUUGAAUCCGGGUGAAGAUUUUCUAUGCUUAGAGGGCAAAGAUUUUAAUAGGCGAAUACGGAACGAAAAAGGAGAGAUAGAGCAAGAGAGAAUAGAUAAAAUUUGGCCAAAGCUGCGUGUGCUUGCAAGAUCAUCCCCCACUGACAAACAUACAUUGGUAAAAGGCAUAAUUGACAGCACUGUCUCGGAACAGAGGCAAGUUGUGGCAGUAACGGGUGAUGGUACGAAUGAUGGUCCAGCACUGAAGAAAGCAGACGUUGGCUUUGCUAUGGUAGGGAUUUCUUUGCCUUCG